UUGUGGAUUCAGACAGUAACACACCUUUAGGUGUCCUGUCACUCUGCCAUGCUGAUCACUUGCUGGUAUUUAUACAUCUCAGUUCGGAGCAUCGCCAAACAAUAUCUGAACAUGGCCUCAAUUCUGCAGAAGCUCAUCACCCCUCUGUUCAGCGGGCCUCCUGAGCUCCCCAGGAAUAAAGUGACGGUGGUGGGAGUGGGCCAGGUGGGCAUGGCCUGUGCUGUCAGCAUCCUGCUCAGGGAGCUGACGGAUGAACUGGCGCUGGUGGAUGUGAUGGAGGACAAGCUGAAAGGAGAGAUGAUGGACCUGCAGCACGGCAGCCUGUUCCUCAAAACCCCCAAAAUAGUCGCGGACACAG